AUGAAAGACGCCGUCUCACCAUGGCAGAUUCAUGGUUUCUCUGUUCUCGUCUUCUACGUCGUAGAAUCAAAUCGCUACGCUGAGCAGCUGUAUGAGGAUUUGCUUUACUACUACAACAAGAACGUUCGACCUGUAAAAAAUGCUAGUGAAAGCAUAAAAGUGAAAUUCGGCGCUUCUCUCAUUCGUAUUAUUGAUGUGGAUGAAGUGAAUCAGGUUCUCACUACUAACUUAUGGCUUGAAAUGCAGUGGUUUGAUUACAAGCUGUCUUGGGAUCCUAUACGCUGGGGUGGAAUCAGGAAGCUGCAUAUACCAUCAGAUCAGAUAUGGAUCCCUGAUAUUUUGCUUUACAACAAAUACCUAGAUGGUCCGUCUUCGCUGGACGUGCGGGCCCCAGCAUCUCUUUCACUCGUUUCGUUCCCUCGCCGUUGUCAUCCAAGACGUUCUCAAGUUUCGUGA